AUGAACCACCUCGACGCAGCUGCCGCUGCGGCUGCCCCCGCCGUUGAGGAGGUUAUCGCCAGCGACUCCGAAGACGACCUUCCCCCCAUGAAAGACGAGCCUCCAUACCCCUACUUCGUCAUUCGACAAGAUGUUGAAAUCGAGCUCAAUUUUCGCGAGAAACGCAUCCGUGGAGUGUCCCACAUCACGCUCGCCGAGCUGCCCGGCACUCACGUUGACGAGUUCGCCAUUGACGCGCGACAAUCCGAAAUCGAUCUCAAGAAUGUCACGGUGCAGUUUCUCAAGGAUUCGCAGCCCGUUGGCACCCCUAAAAAAGUUUCAGCGAGCUACCGGGACCCGUAUAAGUUGCUGGAUUACCCGCCAUACUACAACUGGAACGCCGAACACCACGACCUGAGGAAGAUCCGGAUGCGACCCCUCAUGCAUACCCGACAGAGCGACGUGCCCGCCGAGAAUAGAGAGACGGUUGGCUGUACGCCCGUAGACGGUGCUUUGCGAGUCAACCUACGGGACCUAAAAAAGGUCAAGGAAGAGUCAGGAACAGGAGUGCCGAAGCGGCCAAUGCUCAAGAUCCGCGUCUCGAGCAUGACCCCGAGCUCCUUUGAGCCUCCAGAGAACGAAUUGUCGGGAAGCCGCGAGUACCGAGUGACGAUACCGUUCGAGACCAAGCUUGUCAGAGAUGGCAUCCAGUUCGUCGGAGUCGAUCCCGGAGAUCUCAGAUACCCUCACGCAUACACAAGACAUUCCAUCGAACCCGGAACCGCGUCUUGCAUUUUCCCAUGCAUUGACGAUCAUGGACAGCUUCCCACGUGGUCAAUAGCCGUCAAGUGCCCAAGGACUCUCGGCGACGCUCUGUGGCAGCCCCUGGCUACGCAACAAAAUACGAACAGUACUACAAACGGCAACCGGGAUCAGGCCCAUGUUGGCGACUCUACCUGUGACAAGGACUAUUUGCUUACUGAGGAGGACAAACUUCUCGAAAUGACCGUAGUCUGCUCCGGAUCGUUGUCAGACGAGAUUGUGGAUCCGGAAGACGAACGCAAAAAGAUCAUGACAUUCGAGAUGGAUAAGAGGGUGUCGGUGCAAAAGAUCGGCUUCGCGGUCGGUCCCUUUGAGCACGUCGACCUUUUCUCCAACUUCCGCACUGAGGAAAACGACGAGAAGCUCGGCGCUAGUGCGCUCAAAAUCCAUGGCUACUGCCUGCCCGGAAGAGCAGCAGAGGUCCAGAACACAUGCGCAGCACUAGCAGCAGCAGCCGACUUCUUCACUCUUACGUUUGCCAGGUAUCCUUUCGAGAGCUACAAGAUGUGCUUUUUGGAUGACAUGGUGAACGAUACUGUGGCCCUACAGUCAAUGUCUUUUGUGAGUACUCGACUUCUUUUUCCUGAGGAAAUCAUCGACCCAGAAGUGGAUGUCACGAGACAACUGGUUUUCAGUUUGGCGUCCCAAUGGAGCGGCAUCAACUUGUUUCCCAACACGCGCAGAGAUCUUUGGGUUGUCAUUGGCAUCGCCUACUACAUGACCGACCUCUUCUUGAAAAAGCUUUGCGGCAACAACGACUAUCGAUUCCGGAUGAAAGCCAUGUCAGACCAGCUGGUCAACACUGAUAUCAAGCGGCCAUCAUUACAUGAACUCGGCAACAACCUGCACCUGGGAGAUUUUGAGAUGGAGUUCAUGAUUCUAAAAGCCCCUUUGGUGCUCUUCAUCCUAGACAAGCGUUUGAUGAAGGCUCCUGCUCAGACGAACCUGACACGCAUCAUUUCUCGCAUUCUUUACAAGGCCAACAUUGGAGAAAAACAAAGCGAGUGGAUCAUCAACACGGAGUCGUUCCAACGAGUAUGCGAGAAGAACGCCCGAAAUAAACUGGAGGCAUUUUGGGGCCAAUGGGUUUACGGAUCUGGCUGCCCACGGUUCGAUGUGUUUCAGCGUUUCAACAAGAAGCGACUAUGCGUUGAGAUGAACAUCCGACAAGUCCAGGACAAAGCCCUAGCAGAGGCGCAAACUCUGAAGAAGACGGAAUUCCUGCGUGCUAUCAAAGAAAAAUACCACGGCGUCAAGACUGAGGAAACGAUUGGACUGUUCACCGGUCCAAUGACGAUAAGGAUUCACGAAGCCGACGGGACGCCAUAUGAACAUAUCGUGGAAAUCCGCGAAGACGCAGCUAAGGCGGCUAAGUUCGAAAUCCCGUACAACACGAAGUACAAGCGUCUCAAGAGGAAGAGGCGGGCCACAGAGAAGCUCAGCGCGCAAUCAGCGGCAGACCCCGAUAACAACGAGGAAACGCUAUUGUACUGCUUGGGAGACGUCUUAACCGGCCCCGAAGACGUGAGAAAGUGGGAGUUUGCGGAAUGGGAACCCGACAUCGAGAAAGCCAUGGACCAGGAGUCAUACGAAUGGAUCCGAAUGGACGCUGAUUUUGAGUGGGCCUGCGAGAUGAAGACCAAUCUUCAGAGCUACAUGUACGUCUCUCAAUUGCAACAAGACCGAGACGUCGUUGCACAGCAAGACUCGAUGCUGUACCUGCGGAAGAGCCCACCACAUCCACUGGUCUCUACAUUUCUGACGAGAACCCUCGUCGACCGGCGGUACUUCCACGGCAUAAGAACGAUGGCUGCUGAGACGUUGCAUCAGCACGCCACAGAUAAGGUUGGGAUGGCAGGCAUGACUCACCUCCUCAGGGCUUUCCGUGAGCUCUUCUGCGACGAGAAAGGCGAGCCAAGGCACAAUGACUUUACGGACAAGAAGCAGUACAUAGUCCAGUGUGCACUGCCGAUGGCCAUCGCCAAAAUCCGCGACUCGACUGGCAAGUGCCCUGAACCUGCUCAACGGCUUUUGCUGAAGGAGUUGGCAACCAACAAAAACGACAACAACCCAUACUCCGCAGAUUUCUAUAACUCCAAGAUCCUCGAUGCUCUAGCAACGAGUCUCGUACCUGAGAAGCGACGCGACUCUGGAGAUCAGAUGGACCUUGAUACGUCGGUCGAUGAGCGGGCAGUGCUCGUUGAAGUCUUGGCCGAGAUUGACCGCCACCGUAGGAUGGAUGAGUGGAACAGUUCUUACCAAAAUAUCUACACAACUACUGCCCUCGAAUGCUGGCGGAAGCUGAUGAAGGCAGGAGUCAUCCCCAAAAGUCCCAUUAACUUUUGGCAAUACCUCCAGGACGGGACCUACGACUUGGUGCGUAUCAAAGCUUUCGAGUGUCUCGUCGACCUUGGCUUCAUGAUGGAGAUGCCGGUCUUCAGAUUGUUGUUGUCAGUCAUUAGCACCGACAGGUCUCCUUUCGUCCGACACAAGGUCAUCGACAUCUUCUGUACAGGUUUGGCUGCUCUUGCUUUCGGCGAACAGUCCCAACCCAAGCUUCCCGCACGUGGCCCUAUUGGGGACGAGUUGCAAGUAGAUUUUGAUACCGAAGCAAGGACACAGGAGCGGCGGAAGCAAUUUGCAAGGAAGCAGGACGUCAAUGUUGCGCUUGCGGCUCUGAGGACUGAAAUGGAGGAACAGUACUCGGACCACGAGCAGGCGUUGCAAAAGACAGUGUGGAAGGCUCUGAACGCAGAAGUUCUUGGCCGCGCUGAAAAGAUCACGCUCUUACAGCUGUGUGGGACUAUGUUUGAUGUCGCUGACCGAUGGACCGUUACUCUCAACUUUCCGAAGCGAUGGAGAGUCACUCGUCCUGUCAAGCCUCAUCCAGGCAGGUUCAUGGUCAACUUCAAGUCGUACUACAAGACAGCGCUGCCAUCGGCGAAGCCGAAGGAACCAGUGCCAGAGCAGCUGCCACCCCCGCCCCCGCCCCCAGUACAGCCGCCGCAGCCUCCCAAACCUCCCGAACCCAAACGCCUGAUUGUGAAUAUGAAGAAUGGCAUAGCCAAGAAGCCUUUACCCUCGGCUCCACGACCUGUCUCAACUGCCCCUCGGCCCACCCCACCUCCAGCCGUGCAGUCUCCAAAACCAGUUUCGGCACCAUCGCCAGCACCUCGGGAAGCAGACUCGAUCGUUGCAUCAACCAUCCGGAAGGAGACGACACCAAAGCCAUCAACCCCCAAGCCAUCGACGGUGAAGCUUCCCACAUCAAGACCGUCACAGACCACCAAGCUUUCUGUGGGCAAACCUCCAGUCCCGAAGCCCUCAGUUGUGAAGCCUCAAUUGUCGUCAAGCUCGAUCUCCGCGCAGAAUGGCCGCUCUACACCGCAGCCGGGGUCUUCGUCUGACACGCCGAGCAGCAAAUCACAGAAGCGUCCCCGACCUGACAAGGUCCCUGGCGUAGACGACGCGUCCCCGGUGCUGAAGAAGGCGAAACUGAACGCGCGCCCUGACGGCACCAUUCCGAAGCGACGCAGGAUGUUCCGGUUUAAGCACCCGAAACUCAAAGAGGUUAUGAGGAAGCUUGGUGUUAAGUCCCAGAUGCCGCCCCCGAGAGACCCUUCCCACGUCAAGACUCACAAGUCGGCUUCUCCGUUCAGUGUGCGGCCUUCUCCUGCCGCAUCUCCAGCGCCUGCCCCAUCUGAGAGCAGUAUCAUGGCAAAGCCAGCACGCAAGCCGUUGCCAACAGGCUCGUCGGGGGGAGGAGGCUCAUCAGGGCCAGCGGCUAGUCCGCCGCCGCCCGUGGCAUCUCUCCCGCCCAAGCCUCCCUCGCAAGCUUCCCCGCCACCGCCCGAAGGCCAGCCGGCAUCCAAACGCGUCAAAUUGGUCAUCAAGAGACCAUCGACGUCUGCCCCGAAGAACUAG